AUGAGCUUCCUUCAAAAUGGCUUCUGCUUCCCCAGUGAAUGUCUUGGUAGAAGGGCUAUUCCUAAAGGGUUGGCAAAUCAAUGGGAUCAGGGAUACUUCCAGCAAGAAAUAUAUCGAAGAGUUGGUGCUGGGCUAGUCAAAAAUCAAAGUUUAUCAGAAGCUUGGUCUAAAAUUCCUGAAAAAUUAGCUUUUUAUGAUUACAUCGGUAAUAAUCCGGCAAAAGGGGGUUUGUUUAGAGCGGGCUCAAUGGACAAUGGAGAUGGAAUAGCGGUUGGUUGGUUAGGGCAUCCUAUCUUUAGAGACAAAGAGGGGCGUGAACUUUUUGUACGUCGUAUGCCUACUUUUUUUGAAACAUUUCCGGUUGUUUUGGUAGACGGAGACGGAAUUGUUAGAGCGGAUGUUCCUUUUCGAAGGGCAGAAUCAAAGUAUAGUGUCGAACAAGUCGGUGUAAUUGUUGAAUUCUAUGGUGGUGAACUCAAUGGAGUCAGUUAUAGUGAUCCUGCUACUGUGAAAAAAUAUGCUCGACGUGCUCAAUUGGGUGAAAUUUUUGAAUUAGAUCGUGCUACUUUAAAAUCAGAUGGUGUUUUUCGUAGCAGUCCAAGGGGUUGGUUUACUUUUGGACAUGCUUCGUUUGCUCUGCUCUUCUUUUUCGGGCACAUUUGGCAUGGUGCUAGAACCUUGUUCAGAGAUGUUUUUGCUGGUAUUGAUCCAGAUUUGGAUGCGCAAGUAGAAUUUGGAGCAUUCCAAAAACUUGGAGAUCCAACUACAAAAAAACAGGGAGUCUGA